GUUAUUGGAUUUUUUUAAUAACAAUUAAUUAAUUUGUUGUGUUUAGAUGAACACCAAUAACUUUUGAUAUCAAAUUGAAGUUUAUUCAUGCCAUCAAUAGCCAUGAUUGAUAAAUAACCAAUUGUUAAAUUUCAUUUAAUAUAAACAGAAAAAUCCUGAAAAUGUCGGUGCCUCCUGUGGAUUACAGUGUGCCUCCUCCAUCUAUGAAUAUGCCACCACCAAUGGUGAUUCCAGCGUCUUUACCACCACCAAAUAUAUACAGUCAUCCUCCUCCAUACACACCAAAUCCUACGCCCUUGGACCAACCACCGCCUCCAUAUAUACCAAUGAACUACCCAUCUUUGCCAUACGGACCCCCACCUCAUAUAGAACCCUUAAUAUCACCUAUUGAAGGUCAUCCGCCCCCAUCCUCUACAGCUCUAAACUUACCACCGACUGGGAUAUCUGAAUACAUACAUCCAGAAGCAGGCUACUUCAGCCAGUGUACUAGAAAUACGCCAGAAGCUCCUUAUAAGCCUAUUGAUCACAUAAAUAGUUCUUUAAACCUAUUGAAAACCAGCAACUCAAUGGAAACAUCAGAAUUUUUUAAUUCGAGUCUCAAAAGAGCUGAUUUGAAGCGAGAAAGUUCUUACAAAGAUUCAAGUGAUAAGAGUUAUCAUAGUUCUUCCAGGCAUUCAGUAGCAUCAUCUUCUAAAUAUCACCGUUAUUCCCCAUAUAGAGAUGAAAUGUAUGAAAGAGAUAAAAGAGAGAGAGACCGAAGGGAAAGAGAUCGGAGAGAGAGAGAAAAAGAUUUUAAUUAUCAUGAACAAAGAUCUAAACAUAGUCCACCUGGUAGUCGAAGCCAUUACAGUAGAAGUCCUUCAAGAUGCAGUUAUAGAGAAAGAGAUAAGUAUUAUGAUAGACGUGAAUAUGAAAGGAGACAGUAUGAAUAUGAAAGAAAAAGAUAUGAAUAUGAAAGAAGACAUAGUCCUCCUCGUUAUAGAGAACACAGAAGCCAUAGCAGAAGUUAUGACCCUCGUGAGGACAGGAGGUCACCAAGAUACUACAAGUCCCCUAAUAGGGGCAGAUACCAUUCUCCACCAAGGCACUCUCACAGCCUUAGCCGUUCCAGAGACCUAUCUCCAAGAAAACAUGAUAUAGCUCGCAAGCCUUUAUCGGACCGGGACAAGAUAUUAGAAGAAUACAGAAAGAACUACUGCAAAACAUCUGAAGAUUUGAUUGAGAAAAUGGAACAAUGGUCAAGAGAACAGAAUACAGAUACAGAAGAAACAACAAAAAUGUGGUAUAGGAGUUCACCAGCUGAACUUUACUAUAAGACAGUUGAGAAUGGGACUGGAAUGCAACAAACAAAGAAGCUAGAGAAGCUGUGUGAAUUAUUCUUCAAAAACUUGAUUGAGAGAGGACGUAAAGCCCGUCCAGAGAUGGAUGAGUUACCUCCCCUUAAGCCACCAAAAGCCAAGUGUAAACAUAGCUGGGAAGAAAAAAGUUCAUCAUCUUCAGAAAGUGAGGAUGAGUGUUUAGACGAAGAUGAUCUUCAAGGUUAUACUGACAGGAUCAUGAUGGAGUUACAAAGGAAGCAGAGCCAUCCUAGAAGACUUCACCCUGAAAUGUGGUUUAACAACACCGGUGAAAUGAACGGCGGGCCGCUGUGCCGGUGCAGCGCCCGAGCACGCCGCCACGGCAUGCGGCACGGGGUCUACGCCGGAGAGGAGAUUUACCCCAAGUGCAUUCCCAAUCAGAACAAUUUAGAUAAACUAUAUCAUUACCGUAUAACAGUGUCUCCACCCACGAACUUCUUGAUAAAGGCGCCAACUAUUAUUGCUCACGACGAACAUGAAUUUCUUUUCUCUGGUUUCUCUAUGUUCUCACAUUACAAAUUAGCUAAAUUGCCUACUUGCAAAGUAAUAAGGUUUAAUAUCGAAUAUACCAUACUGUAUGUCGAAGAGCCAGCGCCACAGAAUUUUUCGGUGCAGGAGUUGGAGUAUUUCGAGGAAUAUUUAUUCACUGAACUACUAGAAUUAGUUGAUUUGGACUUGGGCAAAGCUACGGAUACAACAUGCUCUCAAUUCCAUUUUAUGCCACGAUUUGUACGGUAUUUACCGGAAGGGGGAUGUGAGGUGUUGUCUAUGUGUGAAGUUUUAAAAUAUUUGUUAGAUGAGAGUGGCUUACUCAUACCAUCAGAGAAACUUGAAGAUGUCCAUGAUAUGGAUCAUUACACUUGGCAAAAGUUUGUGGAUAGAAUUAAAGGUAUGAUAGUAACAUAUCCUGGCAAAAAACCAUGUUCAGUGCGUGUGGACCAAUUGGAUCGAAGCCCACCAGUUAGUGACAAGAAGUCUUCUACAGAAAUAAAGAAGUACCAUCCAGAGAUCGUACAUUUUGGUAUUCGACCACCGCAGCUCAGCUAUGCUGGAAACCCUGAGUACCAAAAAGCGUGGCGAUACUAUGUCAAGUACAGGCAUCUAAUAGCCAAUAUGGCGAAACCGUCAACGAACGAAAGGCAGAAACUCGCCACCAAAGAAGCCAAACUGCAAGAGAUGCGCACUCAGAGCAAGAUGAAGAGGGACGUCACUGUGGCCAUAUCGUCUGAGGGAUUCCACACUACGGGCCUCAUGUGCGACGUCGUACAACACGCUAUGUUAAUACCGGUUUUGGUGAGGCACCUUCGAUUCCAUAAAUCCCUAGACAGUCUCGAAAAAAAGAUCGGCUACAUAUUCAAGCAACGUAUGCUACUGCAGACCGCUUUAACUCACCCUUCCUAUAGGGAGAACUUCGGAACCAAUCCAGACCACGCUAGGAAUAGUCUCACCAACUGCGGUAUUAGGCAGCCCGAGUACGGCGAUAGAAGAAUACAUUACACAAGGAAGAAGGGUAUCGUAACCCUGAUAAACAUAAUGUCACGCUUCGGCAAGCACAGCGAGACGGAAUCCGAGAUAAAACACAAUGAGAGGUUGGAGUUCCUCGGGGACGCUGUGGUGGAAUUCCUAUCUUCCAUCCACCUGUUCCGAAUGUUCCCGGACUUAGCUGAAGGAGGCUUAGCUACGUAUAGAGCGGCCAUUGUUCAAAACCAACACUUGGCUCAAUUGGCUAAGAACAUUGAACUGGAGCAGUACAUGCUAUACGCUCACGGGUCGGAUCUGUGCCGUGAGGUGGUCAUGCGGCACGCGAUGGCCAAUUGCUUCGAGGCACUCAUGGGCGCGCUGUUCCUCGACGCUGGCCUGGAGGUCGCCGACCGCGUAUUUUCUCUCGCAUUAUGGUACAAUGAGCUGGAUUUACUUGAAGUUUGGACUAAGGAUCGCGCUCACCCGCUUCAAGAACAAGAACCACUUGGUGACCGGAAAUAUAUUAAGGAUUUUGAGUUCCUGCAGCGGCUCACAGAAUUCGAAGACUCCAUCGGCGUACAGUUCAGACAUAUCCGUUUGUUGGCGCGAGCAUUCACCGAUCGCUCGGUAGGAUUCACGCAUCUCACACUCGGCUCAAACCAACGCUUAGAGUUCCUGGGUGAUACUGUCUUACAAUUGGUAGUGUCCGAUCGCCUUUAUCGACACUUCCCCGACCAUCAUGAGGGGCAUUUGUCUCUUCUGCGUUCAUCUCUAGUCAACAACCGCACCCAGUCGAUGGUGUGCGACGACCUCAAUAUGUCGGCUUAUGCUAUCUACAACAACCCUAAGGCAAAACCUACAACCAAGAAACACAAGGCAGACUUGUUAGAAGCGUUUCUGGGCGCUCUUUUUAUUGACAAGAACCUAGAAUAUUGCCAGGCGUUCUGCAACGCUUGCUUAUUCCCGCGCCUUCAAGAGUUCAUCAUGAACCAAGACUGGAACGAUCCCAAAUCGAAGCUGCAGCAGUGCUGUCUCACCCUGAGAUCCAUGGAGGGCGGCGAGCCGGAUAUACCGUUAUACAAAGUGAUCGAGUGCCUCGGUCCGACGAACACUCGCGUGUACACUGUGGGCGUGUACUUCCGCGGCACCAGACUGGCUGCAGCCCGCGGCCACUCCAUACAGGAGGCCGAGAUGAACGCGGCAGAACUGGCGCUAACUACCGCACACGAGUUGUUCCCGCAGUUGGACCAUCAGAAACGCGUGAUCGCGAAGAGUAUGAGGAAGAAGAAGUCGAAGCGCAGGGCCGGUCAUUCUUCCCAGUCGUCAGAGAAGGACGACACUCGCAGACGAAACCCGUUAGACGACCGGGUGCCUAAAGCCUAUAGACUCAACAAGAGUAACUGUGAAAGCUCCGAUGAAAGCAGCACCCAUGCCGCAUCCGAUGAAGAAGCCAGAAGUGUUGACGAGGAAGUUAGAAGUGUUGCUGAAAAAUCUGACGAAGAUUCAGGCUUAGACAGCGAUAAUGAAUCAGUUUCCGCUGAUAAACUUAGCGAUGUACAAGUCAGCAGUCUGCUCAGCGAUAUGGAGAGGCUCAAAGAGGACCUUAUAAGGCGCAACGAAUAUGAAAAGUUGAAAGAGAAAUGUAGGAAAUCCGACUCUGAUGACGAUUAGUGAUUCCGAAGAGUUCUUAAUAUUGAUGUGCAAUGAAGCAAAGUGCAUGAUGUUACGCAUUUACGAGAUACAUAUUUUAAAUUGGAUUCGAGCGUUCGUUACUUUGAAGAAAAUACAGUAUACUGCUACAAUUUUCUAUAAGCAACAAAAUAUAGGAAAGAAGCUUGUUUCAAAACUCGUGCUGCACACAGCUUAUAAAAUCACAGAAAAACUCUUCACGGGACUUUGAUAUUAUAAACGAAAUAUUGUUAAAUAAAUUGUUACCUUACAAAUAUUUUGACUUUGAGGGAAGUGAGCUCAAUCAUUCUGCCAUCAGUGAAAGUAUCAUUAUGAAGCUAUGGCAGCGUUAACUACUGUGAAGAUUCCGUAAUCUUUUGGUUGGAUUCUAUAGUUUAUUGAAAUGACUAGAUCAAAUGUUUUUUUUUGUGAUCAAAUAUUAAUCUAAGAUUAACAUAUUAAGUUGUUUUUGUUUGUAUUCAUACUAUUCCAUUGACAAAGAUCAAAGAUAAAUCAAAACUUUUAUCAGUAUAAAUUACAAUACUUACGGUUGCACCCAGUGGCGACAAAUUAAAGUUUACGACAGAUUAAAAUUGGUACUGUCACUGAAUUUGCGAGUAUAAUACAAUAUGUAAACACGUUACAUACACGUUAUGAAGUAUUGAAUCUCGGAUAUCUCUUGGUUGCAGUCGAUGGUUUAUAUUGUUAAAUGAUGUGAUGAAUCAAUCACUAUCAUCAUCAUCAUCAGCCUAUUAAUGUCCCCACUGCUGGGGCACAGGCCUUCCCUAUAAUUCAGUCACUAUAAUUCUGUUUAAUGUGAGAUCAUUCCAUCAUCAUAUGAAUAUUUGAGAUACUUCGUAUAUUUUCAUGAUGAUCUGAUCGUAAAAUCAAUAUAAAAAAAAUAAGCUUUUACUGAUAAAUCAAGUGCUAAAUGUGAUAGUUUAAUAAGAAUAAAGUGGGAACUUAAUUAUUGCAUUUUAUUGUACAAUAAAUGAUACAAUUAAUUUACAUAUCUACGGAGGCAUAUACGGCAGAAUAAAUUUUAAACAAUAAAAUCAAAGAAAAGGGCAUAUUUAAAAAUAUCUGAAUUUCUAGAUCAUAACCACAGUAAGUAUAUUAGUACGAAGCUAUGAGUUUUAUGCGAAAUAAAACUUUAAUACAAAAUAUGUAGGGUACAGCGUUAAUGCCCCUUUGGAGAAGCAUCCACCUUAAGGUACAAUUCCGCAAUGGGCUGCAAACUGGGACCGCAGGCGACACUGGGGCUAGCACCUGCGGCUGACCGCAGUGCUGCCUGCGGUCGUGGCAGUAUCUAUUCCGAGCGCGGCUGCACAAUACUUAGAACCAUGCCUCAGUCACUCCAAUACCUUCGUGCGAGACAAAAUGUCGGACAACGCUAACGAUAAUUUACUAAUGUGGCUUUUGUUAGAAGAGGAACUAUUUGGGCCAAAUAAAAGACCAUAUUCUUUAUUGUUUAAGCAUACAGAAACAAUAAUAUUAUAAGUUUAACAUAAAAUUUGUCUACGGACCAUUGGAAUUCAAAUAGCAUAAAUUCACCCAUUUCGAUAGGUACUCAUUAUUUUUAUUUAAGUUCUUUCCUAUUGCUCUCCACACAUUAUCUUUGAUCAAAUUAUUGCGUUAAUUUAGAUCGGAUGUGUCGUAAAGGACUGUAUGACAAGAAACAAAGUUAAUUAACGUCUUUUUAUCAUCAUCCGUAAAAGACGUAAUUUUUUAAUUACAUGUGACAUUUCUGCGGUCCGCGACAGCACUGGGACUGCAGACUGCGGUCGCUGCACGCCGCAGUCUGCGCGCCGCGGCUGCAGGCCGCAAUGUCGCCGCGCUCGGAAUCAAUUUCAUAGAGAUUAAUAGAAACUAGUAGUGUCGCCUGCAGUCUGCAGCUGCGGCUUGCUGUCUGCGGUUCAGUUUGGACUUGUACCUUUACAGUAAACUACAGCCGACAGAUCUUCAUGGAAUUAGGGGAUAACGUUAGGAUAGACAACCCUUGUGAUGCGAUUCAGCUAUAUGCGGACUCAAUGGCGGUUGUGAAGUUCGCGUGAGUCGGGACGUACGAAAUGGAAUUACGGUUUCAACCUAGCUAUGUUGCGUUCCCUACUAACUUUACAGUCACCAUAAAGUUUGAAUAUCUUAUAUACUUUGACAUCUCCGCAAUCAUAUCGUCAACGUGGAAUUUAUAUGGAAAGAGCCAGUUUGUUCUUACGUCCGUUAGGGGCGCUGCUAAGUUUUCAUAGAAACUUGGACGAUGCGAUACGAUUACGGAGCUAUCAGUUUGUGUUGGGCCUCGGAGCGAGAAGGCGGGCGGGCCUAAAAUUGUAUGCCUGCGUAGUUUUAGCCACUGCUUCUAAGGUGGUAAUACUUAAAGCGGCAAUGAAACAACUUCCUUUUAUACAAAAUAUAGUUUAUUCGAUAUCUAUAGUGCUAUCUCAACAUAGCACCAUGCAACAGAGUGAAAAGGCGAGUGGGCCGCGUAUUGUGCGCGCGCGUAGUUGUAGCCACUGCUUCUGGUUGGGAACGUACAUUUCCGCAGGCAUCAGUUGUUCAGCGGAUUCACUCUCCGGGGCUGCUAGACAAUAUCAUACGAUUAUAUGUUAGAUAAGUUUAUGAUACGGAUAUAAAUAAUUAUUUCCAACACACUUAUUAGCCUAGCCACAAAGUGGGCACUGUACACAGGCUUAUGUUAUGGGAGAAGGUAACGAACAGAGCGUACUUUAAAGGCUUUUUUUCUACCUAUAUACAAUUACGUUUCAUAAUUUGGAAAAUCGAUUAAUAUUUACUUCAUAGAUUGAUACCGCAGGGUAAUACAAUUCAAGCACCUAAUUUGAGAUAAAUACAUAAAUAGUAAUGUGGUACACAGCAGACUCAUCGCCACUCUCUCUGUAAGAUUAAUAGCUUAUAGAAAGGAAGAAAAUUGAUAGCAUGACUCUUAGCGUGUCCGGUCUACGAUAGUGAAAGUUAAGCAGCUAUACCAAUUGGUGGUCCAUCCUGGGUGACUAGAAAUUUACGCACUAAAUUUCCCAUUAAGAAAGUGUUACAAUAUCUAUAGGGUAUUUAUAAUUUUUAUUAUUUUAAAGCAUGUAACUGCUUGAUGUUUAAAUCUAAAGAAAAUAUAACUAGAAAAUAGGGUAUUUUCCAAAUAUUUUAAAACUGUCACACAGUAGACGUCAUUGAACGAGCGUUUUGGCGGUAUAUUCAAAACCAUUUUAAAUAAAUUCAACUUUAAUUGGUCUAUUGGAGUAAAAAAGACAUGAAUUAAUUUAUUUUUAUUAUUCUGUUAAAUCGUUUGUCCCGAUCUUUAAAUAUAAGCAGCAUGAAGAAAUUAAUUAUAGACUAUUAAAACUCCUUUGUUUCGUUAAUGCCACCCUGUACAAUGAUUACUUACCAUCCUUCCUAAGUUGUUGCGCAGACUGCAUGGUUGAGUCGUGCAUCGAUAUCAAAUCUCCAGGAGCGUGCAAAAGGAGACGACCGACGCCUUCGCAUCGCCUGAACAAAUUUUUAUAUUAGCAUUGAGCACAAACAGCAAGUUAUGUAAAGUACGGCCAACAAGAAGCGAUACAAAAGUUCAUUCACCUUAGACAAGACUUUGGGACUGACUGAUAGUCUAAUAACUAUCUCAUUUAUCUCAUACUAUAGUCUGUCCAUUCUAUUAUUAUCUUUUUGGCAGAUCGACGCCCAUGAAAUUUUGUAUUGUUUACGUUAAAAUGUCACACAAAUAAUAUUGUACUUCAUGGACGGGUACCGCCACUUAGUGAUGUGCCACACAACGAUUAUUAAGAUUGUGCCACAGAUUACAAAUAGAAAUAAAUGAGUACAAUUUGGUAAGGUAGAAACCUAAAUGUCUUCUUAGUUUAUUUUUAAUUUAUUCAGACGUAUCAGAUUCUUCAUAAAAAGUGGACUCAUCGUCAGAUGUGUCCACAGUUUUAAUGAUGAGUUCAUUAGGUUGUAUAUUGUCCAAGGCAACAUCUCGAUCCCAGUCAGAUAUUAUAAUGUUCUCUGUUCGUUCAACAACACCCGCCCAGUAAUUUCAGGUGUAACAUCACCACACGCGUUAUUUAAAAGUUCCAUCAUCUGGUUUGUUGUUAACGGUGGAGUAGUGUUCUUUCUUGCGUCGCGGUGGGGUUUCCUUUUACUUGUGCCCAUAUCAGCUCAAUAGCAUUGUACUGGCAAUGGUAAGGUGGGAGUCUGAGCACAAUAUGUCCACAUUCUGCUGCCCUUUCAUCAAUGACAUGCAGUUUUGGUUGUUUCUUUUCAUUUAAAAUGUUUACUAUUUCUACUUUUUAACGUAACACUUUUGACCGCGAAACAAACCACUAUUUCGCAGUGUGACAGCCAUUUUUUUAAGGUUGGGAUUUCUUUUCUUUGAUAAAUAGUCAUACAUAUGACGACGAAUAGCAUCGGUAUCAAAUCUGUCAACAGCUAUAACUCGACGGGGCUGACGUUUCUUUGUAUUAAUUAUAAUCAAUAAAUCUAAUUGUAUUAGUAUUAGGAUAAACAAACAUAUAAAAAGUAUACUGCUUUUUUGUUGUUUAAACAUACGUUUUAUAGAUAAAUCACACCCAGACACAGAACAAAUACUCGUGCUCAUCACACAAAUAUUUGUACUAGGUAAAAUAAUAAAUCUAUUGAGAUUUUGUAAUAAUUUAUUAAACACCAGUAUUUUUGAUAACUAAAAUAAUUUCGAUACUUAUAAUCGAUUAAACAAUGUUCUAUUAUAAAAUCGAUUAUAGCUUUAUAUCGAACGAGUUAUGUGAUAGUGUGUCACUAUUUUUUCGAUCGAUCUGUCAAAAAGAUAAUAAUAGAAUGGA